AUGUACUUUAAACAUAAAUUUGUGUUUCCUUACGAUGAGCAAAAUAUUAAUGAAAGAAAUGUUCGAGAUAGAAGGGAUGAAAAUGAUGUUGGAGAUAAAAAGGAUAACGAAUUUGGUGAUGAAAUGAAUGAAAUUGAUGAAACUAGUCUUGAAGAUGUCCCAAUUGAAACAAAUGUCAAGGAUGCUCCAGUACAAAAUUAUGAUGCUGAUGUUCGAGAUGUAAUUCUAAAAGCAUAUGUGCAAAAGAAUCCAUGCCAGCCUCGUAAUCAUGAAUUUCCACCCAAAAGAAUGGCUAAUAAAGAUAGGUCAUUUUGUGUUUCAUGGUUUAACGAGUAUCCUAGUUUGUUGGAAUAUAUAGUACAACAAAAGAUGCUGUAUUUUGCUUAUACUGCUAUCCUUUUAGCUCAAGUGAUGCAAUCACAUCAAGCUCGAACAAAUUAUCGAAUUCGCUUGAAUGCAUCAAUUGAUUGUGUUCGAUUUCUUCUACAACAAGAGAUGACCUUUCGUGGACAUGAUGGAUUUGAAGAUUUAAACAAUCGAGGGAACUUUCUUGAACUAUUACAUUGGUUGUGUUAUCAUAAUGCUGAGAUUGCACUAGAAAAAUCACAAAUUGACAUCACCACGAGCUCAGAAAGACAUUUGAACGAGCAAAUAUCAGUUGUCAUUCAUUAUAUGAAGAAUGGGCAUGUAUUGGAACAAUUUAUUGGUGUUACGUAUGUUUUGAGUACCACAGCUGUUACGCUUAAGACUGCAAUUGAUCAAUUAUUCUCCACGCAUAGCUUAACAUUUGUAGCUGUGUCACAAAAGCAUCUAAAAAUUGAAGCUUUCUUCACUUCAGUACACAGAUUAGUGAAUAUUGUUGGAGGAUCGGCUCAGCAAAGUGAUCUUAUUCGAGAGAAACAAAGACUCAAAAUUCUUGAAGCACUUAGUGUUGGUGAAAUAUCAAGUGGACGAGGUCUCAACCAAGAAACUACUCUUAAGCGUUCUGGUGAUACUUGUUGGGGUUCUUAUUACAGUUGUUUGAUUAACAUGAUUCUCAUGUUUUCAGCCAUCGUUGACGUUGUUGAGGCGAUUGCUACUGAUAUACAAGUUCCGAAGCAAGAG